AAUGAUGAUAUACAAACAAAUAAACGUAUAAAAUUAUCUGAUCCAAGUGAAUUAACAUCAUCUUUAUUAAUAACAAAAUUAGAACAUGAAAAAGAACAAUUAACAAAUACACAAAUACAUCUUGAAAAUCAAUAUCAAGAACAUAUUAAAUUAUAUGAAUAUGAAAAAUUUCAAUGGAAUGAAUAUAUAAAAAAACGUGAAAAUGAAUUUAAUCAACAAAUAGGACAUUAUCAAUAUUUACUUCAACAAAGUUUAGAUGAAAUAAUUAAAAAAGAUAAACAAAUAGAACAACUAAAAAAAGAAAAUAAAGAUAUCGAUGAUCUUCUUCGUCAAAGUGUACAUGAUAAUGAACAACAAUUAAUUCAUAUAAGAAAACGUGAAGAAAUACAUAAUCAAACAAAAAGAAAAUAUGAAGAACUUUAUAAAGCUUAUAUAAAAUUGAAAGAUAAUUGUGCUACUCAACGAAAUAUAGAAAAAGAUCCAAUAGCUAGUACAAUUUCAAUUGCUAAUAAACCAAAGUCAACUAAAGAUGAUGUUAGAAAAAAGUAA